AGUCCUUUAUGGAUGGCAUGGCAUUAGCUUUGUGAUGGCGGCGUGUCUGCUGAAUAGAUAAUGCCAGGUGGCUGUGAUUUCUUUCUCUAAGAUCUGCUCCUCCUGCCGCAUAACAAUUCACCUUCACUGAAGCUCCUCCCCCAGCAGAUACGCAAUAAAUGCUGGAAUAUUUUCCCAUCAGCCUACAAGUGAAGAAGAAAGCGUUUAAGUAAGAACAUGAGUGAUCCAGAACCCUGCAGAAUAAAACAUGAAGAUACUGAAGAACAAAGAGACUUGAUCAAAGAGAAGGAGGAGACUGAAGACCUGAGUGAAGCAGAUGAGAAACAUGUCAAAUCUUUGAGUCACUCACAGACUGAGAACAUUUUUUCCCUAAAAAGAUCCCAAAAAUCUUUAACCUGCCUUCAGUGUGGGAAGAGUUUCACACGUAAAGGAAACCUUAAUGAACACAUGAAUAUUCACACUGGAGAGAAGCCUCACGCAUGUGAUCAGUGUGGGAUGAGUUUCAGACAUAAAAGAAACCUUAAUGAUCACAUGAAAAUCCACACUGGAGAAAAGCUGCACACAUGUGAUCAGUGCGGGAAGAGUUUUGCACGUUCUAGGUCUUUUAAAUUACAUGUGCUCUCUCAUUCUGAAGAAAGACCAUAUAACUGUGAUCAGUGUGGUAAAAACUUUUCUCUGGCAAAUUCCCUGAAGAACCACCUGAAAGUUCAUUCAGAGGUGAAGCCUCACCUGUGUUUUUUGUGUGGAAAGAGUUUUAGUCAGCUGGGUCUUUUAACACAACACCAGAAAAGACACAGCGGUGUGAAGAAUCAUUUGUGCUUUUAUUGUGGGAAGACCUUUAUUACAGCUGAUGAAUUGAAACAGCACCAGAGGAUCCACACUGAAGAAAAACCUUACAAGUGUUCACACUGUGACAAGAGCUUCAAACGCUCAGAAUAUCUGAGGAUACAUGAGAGGAUCCACACUGGAGAGAAACCGUAUCACUGCCAUUCAUGUGGGAAGAGUUUCACUCAUUGUUCUGCUUUAACCAGUCAUAAAAAAAAUGCAUGUCUGAAGUUAUAGUUCGAGUUCUGAUCUGUAAGACUGCAUAAAACAAUUAUAUCGAUACUUGAUUAAUCAAAGAUUAUUAGAACAAUUAAUGAACUGAUGAUUAUUUCAGAUGAAUAUUUUUGUAUUAAUCAUUUUAUUGUUCUAAUCAUUUUAUUAUCAUUCAGUUA